AUGCAUUCUCGUAAGGUACGACUACUAGCUCUGCACGGCAAAGGCACCUCUGCCAGAAUCAUGAAGUCGCAGAUCAAGCCCAUCAUCGAUCUGCUCGGCGAUGUCGUCGAGGUGCAUUACAUGGAUGGUGGAGAGAUCUCUGCUCCGUAUCAAGGCAUCGAAAGCAUCUUUCCGAAAGAGUCGUAUUAUGCAUGGUAUCAACAUCCAAGUCGAAAUAAACUGCGAGCUGCUCACGCCAGAAUUGCUGAACAAGUAUCACCGGAAGUCAUCGCGAGUCUCAGGUCGCAGCAAAAAGAAUCGGUUGCUAUCUCUAUGAACUACGAACGACAAGACUUUGGCAUCUUGACCCCUCCAGAGACUCCAACCUUUUCUUCUUCAUCUGCUCCAUUCUUUCGCAUGUUUCCGUGCAGAGCAGAGUCACAUGCAGGCAAUGGCAGCAGUAGCCUCGACGCUGUAUUUCAGAAGGCCCCCAUCGAAGUUGGACGAGGAUCUCACGGCCUUGGUCCGGGAGUCGAUACGCCAGCCUCACUUCCAAGCUCUGCCGGGACAAGGACGCCCUUGCACGUGGAGCCGUUCAUGUACGACGGGUUAAUCUGCUUCUCGCAGGGAUGUGCCGUAUGUACAGGCUUACUUUUGGAGAUGCAAAACAAUCUGGGAUGCGCUGGACGUUUGCCGGUACGUCUGGCAAUCCUCAUGUGCGGAGGCAGACCUUUUGAUGCGAAUGGAACGAUGGAGCGAGUGGACGCGACCAAGGUGGCGCCCAUUUCGAUUCGCAGCAUUCACAUUCAUGGGCGUCAGGAUGCGGGUCUGGAAGAGUCGAGGAAGCUGGCGUCUCUGUAUGUGGAUGCCGACAAAGAGGUGUUGGAGCUGGACAUUGGUCAUUGUCCGCCAAGACGUAGUUCGGACGUCGAAGUUGUCGUGGCGGCAAUCCGACGAGCCAUCUCGGAGCUGAGGUGA